CGUCCACGUUAAAAAGAAUGUGCGCGUUCUAAACUUUGUAGGAAAUAUGGCGGCGCUCAUGUCCCUGACUCAGAUAUCAAAUGGAAACCCGGCAUAUGAGAAUUAUUACAGACAGGUGGACCCAGCCAACACAGGGAAGGUGGGAGCUGCAGAGGCUGCACAGUUUCUGAAGAAAUCGGGACUUUCAGACAGCACACUAGGCAAGAUUUGGGACUUGUCUGACCCAGAGAAGAAGGGCUAUUUGGACAAACGGGGCUUCUUCAUAGCUUUGAAGCUGGUGGCCUCAGCACAAAAUGGCAAUGACGUCAGUCAGAACACUCUGAAUCACACUAUAUCUAUACCUCCUCCCAAAUUUAGAGAUACAGCUAGUCCUGCCCUUGGUAAGUCAUCUGCCACCGGUGACUCCACUUGGGCUGUGAGGCCUGAUGAGAAAGCCAAGUUUGAUGGGAUUUUUGAAAGCCUGUCACCAGUCAAUGGCCUGUUGCCGGGAGACAAGGUGAAACCAGUUCUGGUGAACUCUGGUCUUCCUCUGGAGGUGCUGGGAAAGAUUUGGGAGUUCAGUGAUAUAGACAGAGAUGGACACUUGGACAAAGAGGAAUUUGCAGUGGCAAUGCACCUGGUGUAUCGGGCCAGAGAGAAAGAGGCUCUGCCCUCCACGCUGCCCUCGUCUCUCGUUCCCUCGUCCAAGCGGAAGAAGAUCGCGGGUGCUCUCCCUGGCUCUGUGCCUGUACUGCCAUCUAGCCCUUUCCUGCUGAAAGAGAACUUAAGGCCUACGACUCCUGUUACGAGCAAGAGUCCGCUUACCUCCACAACCAGCCUCUCGCCGAAAAACUCAUUCAAAAGCUCUACACCGGCACAGCCUACCUCAGUGAACUGGGUUGUUCCUCUGGCUGAUAGAGGGCAGUAUGAGGAAAUUUUUGACUUGGCUGAUUCAGAUUUUGAUGGCUUGGUUGGAGGAGGUGAAGUCAAAGAUAUCUUCAUCAACUCGGGUCUUCCACAGAGUGUGUUGGCACACAUAUGGUCGUUGGCAGACACUAAACAGGCAGGGAAGCUGACCAAGGAACAGUUCUGUCUGGCCAUGCACCUCAUCCAGGAAAAGGUCAAAGGUGUUGACCCACCACAGAGUCUGACCCCAGACAUGAUCCCACCAUCUGAGAGGGGCAGCACCCCAGCCUCUGACAGCACCAGCUCUACGGGGUCAAUAGAACUGACGGGAAUCAAAGAGCUGGAUGACAUCAGUCAGGAAAUCUCUCAGCUGCAGAGCGAGAAGCGUGCCCUGGAGAAAGAGAUCAGAGAACAGGAGGAGACGCUCCGUCACAAGAACAGUGAUGUCCAGAAAAUGCAGGGAGAUCUGGAGCGUGAGAACAGCGGCGUGCAGGAGCUAGAGGGGCAGAAACAGGUUGCUCAGGACAGACUGCGUGACAUGGAGCAGCAGAAGGCGAAGCUGGAAGACAAGCUGAACGAGGCCAAGCUGAAGUGUCAGGAAGAGAACAACAAGAUCAUGACAUUGCAGACACAGAUUCAAACUCAAGAGGCAGAUGUGCAGACUCAGGAGAAGGAGCUGAGCAGGACUAAGACUGACCUGUAUUGCCUGGAGGAGGAGGAAAGACAGCUGGAGGAGAACAUGCAAGCUGGCAAGGCCAAACUGGAGAGUAUCCUCAAACUCCUCAGGACCUCCCAGGACGAGAUGGAUCAGGCUCACGGUAAACUCACCCAGAUUCAGAACAGCCAGGAGGAGGUGAACAGAGCCAUCGAGCGUUAUAACAAAGCCCUGAAUGGUAGCCUGAGCGAACUGAACAAGAUCGAAGAGUUGGAUGAGAGCAGAGACUUCAAUACCACAGGGGAUUCUUUCCAGUCUAAAGUGACCAUGUUCAACAGCAGUUCUUCAGAACUUAGUGCAGACCCCUUCCAGACUGAAGACCCCUUCAAAUCAGACCCCUUCAACAAAGCUGAUCCUUUUGGAGGAGAUCCAUUCAAAGAGAACGAUCCUUUCAAAGACCCGUUUGCGUCCCGCGAUCCUUUUGGAAAGCCUGCGCGUCCCAUGAAACCUGUAUCCUUUGGAAAAGGUAGCAGCCUCACAUCCACUGGUGCUAAGGCCAAAGAUACAGACCCCUUCGCGACAACGGACCCCUUUGGCAGUGACUCUUUUGGAGGGAAAUCUGGGUUUGCCAACUUUGGCCAUAUGUCAAAGGGAUCAUCUGGAGAAACACCUGGGCGCAAGCCAACCUACCCUCUGCCUCCUCCCAAAAAACCUGGGCCUUCUAAACCAGCACCCCCUCCUUACAGUCAAAAUAUCAUGGUAAACCAGCCAGGGUUGGGGCCUCAUGGCCACCACUUUGGUGCCGUUCGUGUUCCGACGCCGUUCGAGGACAGAGGUUUUUAUCCCUCGUCCUCGUCUGGCAAACCCUCCAAAGGCUCCUCACCUGCCUUUACUGACUUCACCGCCUUCGGAAGUGAAGCUCAGCAGCUGGAGUGGGCGACGCGUGAGAGUGAGCGUGAGGAAGCGGAGCGAAUCAGGAGACUCAGGCUACAGGAGCAGGAGGACCUGGAGCUGGCUAUCGCCCUCAGUCGAUCAUACAUGCCGAGAACGUGAGAUCUGUCGUGUGCGCCCGCAAGGGCCUGGCUCCAGACCUCCACUCGCACGCUCCGUCGCCCUCCCAACAAGCCCAGAGCCUAGAACACAAGCCCUUUUCCAAGCCUCAUGAGAAUUAGUCCAGUUUCUCCUGCGGGACUCCACCUCCCAGAUUCGUACUCCCACCAUCCGAGUUCAGUCCUCCACUCAAAUGCUCCUUUAAACUGUACUCAUUCGUUUAAAACCUGAAUGUUAUCCAG